CUUUAAGAAGUUUAUAAGUUUUUAUAAUUAUUUGUUCAAUGUCAACAUUAGCAGCAUUAAAUAAGUUAUAAGUUGUAUACGUGGUGGGUUAUAUUUUAAUUAAUAAAGUAUACCAAGGUAUCCCAAAAUGAAGUGGUCACUAUUUCAAUGGAGUGUCAAUCACGAUGAAGGGGCCGCUAUCGAGGUGAACACCGAAGCUGAUCGUGGAUAGGUGAACAAUGGGAACAUAGCGCAAACGCCGAGGUCAAGAUAUACGG